AAUAGCUAGAUUUUGCUUAGGAGAGCGCUGUGUGGAACUCGGUUAUUGGGCAAUCAUAAAUGAUUGUAGGUAAUGGUUAGACGGAAACGAAAAUGGUAGUGUGUAACAGAUUCUUGGUGUUUUGGAUAUCAUUACUCAAUAUCAGUAGGUUUAAAGUUAACAGCGCAUUUACGACUUCAAAGGCGGAUCUAGAAUGCGAGUUCCCACCCAAAACGGAGGACGAUUUAACACACGUGCGGAGGAAGAGAUUGACCACGGAAACUGGACUUGUGUGCUUGGAGGACUAUCCGUACACUGUCUCCAUCAGAUUACACGGGAAGCACUGGUGCGGUGGAGCUCUGGUCGGCAAACAGUGGGUGCUCACAGCUGCACAAUGUUUUGACUACGUCACAAAAGAAGAAGUGUCAGUACGUAUGGGCUCUGUAUUUAGAGACUUCGGUGGUCAAAUACUGUCGGUGACGGAUAUCAAGAGGCACCCGGAAUAUAGAAUGGACCAGUACUACCCGGAACACAAUCUGGCUAUAAUUCAGUUAAAUUUAGCAAUAACCCCGAAUAGUCGGAUGCAGCCGGUAGCGCUGGCACUUGCCGACGCAGACCUUCCAGCCAUGUUUGGGGAGACAAUCGUCACAGGAUAUGGAUCCGUGAUAUCCGGACAAAUACGGGAAGGCGAAAAUCAGGAGCUGAGACGCAUGAUUGUGAGGGAAGUUCCUCGGGCCGAAUGCCGGCUGAUAUACGGCAAUGAUUAUCACUUGCAACAUGACCACAUGUGCCUGCAGAGUAUCGUUAAAGGAGUCGCUCUGUGCGCUGGUGACACGGGUGACCCAGCAGUUCAUUUUAGUGGCCUAAAUCGCGCCGGCACGUUAUAUGGAAUAGCACUUUUCUCUGGAACUGAGGAAUGCGCGUACAAAUCCAAGCCAGGAAUAUUUGCAAAGGUGUCCUAUAGUAGAUUAUGGAUAAAUAAGAUUCUGGAAGAAGUAAUAGAGCGCACUGAAAGUGCUGACAGCGGAGAAAACGACAUAUCCCAUGAUGUAGAUUAAACUAUUGUUUGAAUUAAGUACACAAAUAACUAAUA